AUGUCGAAUCGCUCAAAAUCCAUCAAGGAUCUUCGCUCCAAGAUCAAACACGAAAACUCCAGUCUUGGAUCCGGAACGGCAGCUUCCAGCUUCACUUCGGCGCGACACCAGGUACCGAACGUCGGAGAAGCAUUUGGUCAUCAUCCAGGCUCGGCCUCUAUAGGCGGUGGUGCUGGUGCUACCGCUGGUUAUGGCACAGCCUACGAUGCGGCCGCUCCAAAUGCAGCCAGUCUAGGGACCGGACCCUCCUACGUCACUCUUGCACCGUCCGACUCCAUCUCGAACUACGAAGGCAGACAGAACCACGGCUACCCCUCCUCAUCCUCGUCUCACGCCUUCGGAAACUACAGCAGCAGCAACAACACCAUCGGCGCUACCUCACAUGAAUAUCCACACCAAUACAAUCAUCAUGGCCGCCCUCCUAGUCCUACCAAUCAGAGCACCGCUAGCUUUGCUCUCGACCCCGCCUUCUCCAUGACUGGCAGCAAUGCACCCACGAUCUCCUCCAGUCGCAUGCCGUCCCGACCGGAGGCUUCCGAUCCAGCGCCCAAUUCGCCGCUCCGUCCUGCUCGCUCCAUGCGUAGACCCACGCAGGCACCCGAAGUACAGAGGAGCCUUGCAUCCAUCACCAGCUCCAGCACCGCUCAAGGCCGCACACGAGUCCCUCCGCAGAGACCGCAGCUUCAGAUUCCACCCGUUGGUUCCGCCUCUGCCUCCCGUGCUGCUGCCAGCCCAUCUUCGCCCGCUCGGAACGUGCCAGGCAGAGACCUGCUCGCUGCUCCUCGAUCACAAGGCGGAAAUCACUCGCGCAACCUGUCGGCACAGACCAUGGGCGGUGCUACUCUGAGCCCACACGCCACUUCGCCCUCUGCCGACCGCCAUACGCGCACAGCUCAGCUCAUGGCGCAAGUCGCCCGUGCCGACACACCUUCCAGCCAACCUGAUUCUGAAGAUCACGACGAUCUCUACGGCGGUCUCUCGCCCAUUGACGCUCCCUCUGAAGGCCACGACGCCGCCUUGUACAGCAACCAUCCCAGCUCACAUCGCCUCUCUGUGCCUGGUCAGCGUCCGCAACGCGAUCCGCGCCGAAAGUCAGGCGCACCCUUGGGCUCACUCACAGAGAGCAACCAGCCCGCAGCGCUCGACUCGGUCCUCUCCGCCCUCACCUCGGCAGGCCGAAAGCGCCAAGCUGCCCGUAUUAUGCGUGGCACGUCUGCAGAAGAAGAGUCGCGCCGGCGUCGCAACGAGAAGAAGAUCUCCGAGACCUCACAACAGCUGCGCAAGCCUCUCAGCAGCUACGUUGACCGAUCCGAUCCUCGCUCUUUUCAGUCGAUCAAUGCUGUACUACGCAAGGCCGAAGCCGAGUGGCCAUUCGUUGCCAACGACCAUUUCAACUCGGUCGCGUUGGCCCUGUCCAUGCUUGACGAGAGCAGCUUGGGUGCCAGCCGUUUUGAAUUCGACCAGGUCAAGCAGCUCAUCGAGACGGCCCUGCAGGGUACCGUGGACGAUCACUACGAGUCAUUUGCCACCGCCAUCACGACGCACAACAGCGUCCUCCAGUCGCUCACCACAGCUCAAACCAGUGUCAGCGGCGCAAGGCGGCGUCUCCGAGACUCGAGGGAGGCGCUCGGUGCUAAACGCGCCGACUUGGUUCAAAUGUGGCAGCGCAGCCAGGCCGUCAAGGAGGCUCUCAGGCUGCUUGAUCUUGUCGAGCAUCUCAAGUCUGUUCCUGAUCGGCUUGAGAGUCUCAUGGCCGAGAAGCGCUUCCUCGAAUCGGUCAAUCUGCUCGUCCGAUCGCUCAAGACCAUCGACAAGCCCGAAGUCGCUGAAGUCGGCGCCACCAACGACCUUCGGGCGUACCUCAAAGGCCAGGAGCAGGCCAUGCUCGAAAUACUCAUCGAAGAGCUACACAACCAUCUGUACCUCAAGAGCUACUUUUGCGAUGAUCGGUGGAAGGCCUACCACGCAGGCCAAGACGAGUUGCCCAUCGUCAAGUUUGGCUCUGACUAUGCAGCCAUCUCAAGCGCUGCCGACGCUGCAGCACAGCAGCUGUCUGACAGUGCGCAAACUCCAUCCGCCUCCAACGAGCCUCUCCAGCUUACUCGCUUCCUGCAAAGUCUUCGAUCGCGACCGUCCUUUGAUCCUAAUCUCGCCUCCGAUAUCCCCGAUUCUGCCCUCAUGACCUCGACCAAGAGUUUUUCAGCGUUGACGGGCGAGCUCAACUCUUCUGCUGCUGCGAAACUCGACGGUGGCCCGAGUUCAGAUCUCCGCGGUCGUCCCGGCGGAAGGUACGGCGCGGAAUUCGAGCAGAACCCGGAAGCCGAUUCGUUCCUCUACAUCGAGAUGCUGCUCGAAUCUCUAUCUCGCCUCGGCAAGCUGGGUACGGCCCUCGACAUUGUCUCCCAGCGUCUCGCCAUGGAGAUCCACCAGCUCGUCGACGCGACCAUCGACGAGGUCGACGCACGCAACGAACCACUGCGACGCUUUUCUGUGGCCCUUCGCCCCGAAUCUGUGCUGCUCGCAUCGUCGUCUGCCCUUGCACGAUCCUUUAACGAAUCGUUGCGCACCUCGCGUUCCUCGUUCAACGUUUCGACACGUCCCGCUUCGACGAUGCUGCGCAUCUCUGCGGGCGAGACGUCGGCGCUGCAACGCGACGGUGAAACGAUGCGCGAUUUGUUCUGGACUCUGUUUUCGAAGCUCGAUGCUGUGCUGCAGGGCCAUAGAGUGGUGUACGAGGUCGCGGGCAUGAUUGCGAGUCGUGCAGGCUUCAAAGACGAGACGGCAUCCAAGAAGCUUUCCGGUGUCGCCGCGCUGUUGCAAGUAUGGAAGCCCAUCCAGCAGGAAGUCCGGACACUGCUGCACGACUAUCUCAUGGACGACGAGGGCGCCAACUCAGCACGCAACGCCGUCAUCUCGGUCAAUGAUGUCCUCAGAGACCACCGAUUUGGUCGGGACCGAAGCAAGCAGCUGUUCAAGCUUCCUGAUGCCGGCGUCAAGCGAGGUGUGGGCAAGCGAGAAGUGGGUCCUUUGCAAAGACACCAGGCCGCCGUGACGCAGGCCCUCAAGGCGUCCGUGCCAGGUCUGGUGAGCUCGAUCGACAGCGCAGGUAGCUUGAGCGGUGCUCGGCCCGGCAACCAAAUCAUUGUCGCUUCCUCGGCUGCUGCUGCAUCGAACACAACGUCCUACUCGGCCACCUCGACGACGGUUGGAAGCGGCAGCGCAGGGCGCAGCGGCCGUGGCGUGGAAUCCUUCUCAGGCGCGGGACAUCGCCUUCUGGUCAAGCCAGACGCGUUCAACGUUUCGGUGCUCUUCCAACCGGCGCUUGCCUUUGUCGAGCGUGUCGCUGCUGUAAUGCCCUCAGAAGCGGCUGGAGAAACCUCGCGCGGCUUUUCGGCGUUCCUGGAAGAGUUUGUCCAAGACGUGUUCUUGCCGCAGCUCGAAGACAAGGUGCAGACGCUGUUUACCGGCGCCACCUCGCACUCGGAUAGUUUCGCCGAGGAUCCGGCGUCCCGUCAUCUCGGCAGGACAGCUGCCUCGCGACCUGUAGUCAAGUCGGCUUCCAACGUAAUUGUGCUCAUCGACAGCUUAUAUUCGAUGAUGCGGACGACGCCGUUCCACAGGGAGUCGUACUCGAGGCUGAUCGUGACGACCAUCAUACAGUACUAUCAGAAGUGCGGCGAGCGCUUCCGGGAUCUUGUGGCAAUUCAAGCUACCGAGGAGGGCGAGGAUCACGGAAUGGGUGGUGGAGGUGGUGGGGCGCAAGUGGGCGGCGCUGCUGGAAAUGAAGCAACAAAGUACGCGCUAUCCUCCAACUGGGCGCAGAGGCCCGAGAUGGUGGCCUGCCUCGCCGAAAUGCGCGAUCCCGCUACGAGCACACAGAGGAGGCUGGAGCUGAUGGCGCAGGAAGCGAGGUUUGAGCUGGCAUACGCCAAAGCACGAGCUGCGCAGCCGAUUGCGAUCCACGAGCUGACGACUUCGCGCAAGAAGCUCGUGGCGCUCGGAUGUCUGCAGCACAGCGUCGAGUGGUUUGCUGCCAACAUGGGGCGCUUGAAGCCGGUGGUAGAGCAAGCGUCCAAGGGUGUUGGCGGAGUCGAGGAUGUGUUGCGGGCUAAGAGGCCGAAAGCGAGGCUGAGCGUGAUAGAUGCGCUGGCGUUGAACGAUGGACGUGCGCUUGACGAUGGUGAUGCCGCGACAAGUGGAUCUGCAGCGGCUGGUAGGAUUGGCUCGAACCAAGUAGACAGCGGCGGAGAAGUGGGCGAAGAAGAGUUGCCUCUUCCGCUUACGGCAGAUCUAGUAUCCCGCUACUCGUCGCUGUCUGCCGUCUACCACGCGUUGGCCUCCUCGCUCCUCUUCACUCUGCGCCUCGAAGUGCGUCUGCGCAUUGUCUCGUACCUCAACACGGCGAUCAGCGAAUCCACGUACGUGGUCAACUCGACCGCCAUCGAACCUGCGCCGCACAUCGUCGAUCUGAACGCCGAACUGGCCAACCUGGACGACAUCCUCUCCGAAACCCUCCCGACGCACUCUCGCGCCUUUGCGCUCUCGGGCAUCUCGGUGCUAAUCGACGCGUGCUUGAUCGGCCUAGUCCACAAGAUCAAAGCCGUAAACCGUGAAGGAGUGACCAAGAUGCUACGCAACAUCUUGGCGCUGCAGCAGAACCUGAAGAACAUUUUGCCACCAAAAGGUGGCGACCGCCUGAUGGAAAUUUCGUUCGACCGAUGCCGCAAGUUCUACGAGCUGCUCUACGCCAAGACUCCCGCGGAGCUCUUCUCCGCAAUGAAACGCUUCCAGCUCGCCUUCCGACACUCCAAGGGCUCGGCACAAGUGAGAGCAGUGGGCUUCGCCGAACUCCAAGCCAUACUUCAGCUCGCAUUGGGCAUCGAGAACACCUCGGCUUCCCAACCAGCCAGUGCCACGACGGGCGACAAGCUCGGCCUGGCCCAACCCAACGCCGGUACCCUCGGCCUGACGGACGUGUCGCGCCAGAAGCUCAACGAGUACCUGAUCGAGCUUCACGAGAUUGCGGGCGAACACGACUCGUCCGACGACGACACGUGA